CGUACACUGCUCCUAGCCCGAACAACCCCGAAUGUGCCCGAACAUCAAUAUCGGGCACAUGCGACCUUUUACAGUGUGCCGUGUGGUAAUGGCGACGUGCGUGUUUCCCGAAAUUGUGUAUGUUUGAAAACAGUAUGCAAUGUUCGGCAAUAGCGUUGCUUUAACAUAGCCUCGAUAUCUGCAUUAUAUAGGUUGCAUUAUACAUUACCAGUAAACAGAUUUACUUCUUGAACAUGGAAGGAGACAAAUUUUCAAGAGUUAAAUCUGUAAUGCAUCUAAAUGCAUAAUUGUGGGCUGAUCUGGUUUCGCGAGGUGGACAACCUAGAACCGAUUUGGUAAAAAGUGAGACUGAAGCAAGUGUCAAUCUCCUCGAGUCUCUCUUCAGAUACACUAGUUACCAAGGUCAUGGCAACCGACGUUGCAGAGCACCUUGUGGGCAGUGCGAUGGAGGAGCCGUCGUCAGUUGUGGACGCAGCAGACGACUCUGGCACUGCGAAGUCAAUUCCUGAGGUGAGGAAUACCAGGGUGGAGGCCGUGGAGAGUUCCACCACUGCAGAAACCAGUGAUGUUCAAAAGCAAAGCAGUGAUAAUGUACAGGGUGAUAGUGACUCAAGCAGCAAAGACCCAGAUGUUGAAGCUCAGAAGAAGAAAGAACUCAAACCUGCACCACUUCCCACUGUAAACCCCUGGACUAAUAGCAGCCAGAAAGCUGCCCCAGUGGCUGCUGUUGCUCCAGCUACGAAAAGUUCUGUACCGGUGACGACUAGCUCGCAUUCAAAAGCAACAGGACUGCUUCAGCCCCAGCCAACAGUUGUGAUAGCAGGUGGUGAUAAGAAAAAGGCUGGGAGUGACUUCAGUGAUAUCACAAAUUGGCCAACUCCAAGCGAACUGAAAGAGCCUGCGAGAACAAAGCAGCAACCUUUGAUUGACAAUGAUGAAUCCUCGAAAGAAAACAAGGAGUCCAGUCAGACCAAAACACCUGUGCCGAAAAAGAAAAGUAAAGAUAACAAUAAGAAACAGAAGUGGGUGCCAUUGAACAUACAUCCAGCUAAAGGCGAUCGCCAUGGCAAGCCACCAUUGAACAGGCGGGGAGGAUCAAGUGUCAGCAAUGACAGAGGAGGUGAAAGUUCGAGCUUGACGGACAGGCGAAGCAGCACCGGCAUGGAGACACGAUGGAGAGGCAGAAUGCGUGGUAGGGGUCGAGGCAGGGGAGCUGGCAGGGGAAGAGCUGACCACAGGAUGCAUGGAUCCCAAGAUAACCUGCAGAAUCAAGAGCAGUUUGCAUCUGGUGCCCCCUUUAUUGCUGCCGGAGUUCCAUUCCAUGGAGCAUACUACUUCCCUAGUCAGUUUCCGUCAGUUGGUGAGGGAACAUUAAGGGAGUACGUGCGAAAACAAAUCGAGUAUUACUUCAGUGAUGAAAACUUGAUGAAAGACUUCUUUCUCCGGAGGAAAAUGGACUCUGAGGGAUACCUGCCUGUAUCCCUUAUUGGUAGUUUUCAUAGGGUGCAGGCUCUGACACAAGAUGUGAAAUUUAUUAUUGAGGCUUUGAAAGACAGCACUGAGGUUGAAGUCAAUACAGAUGCAACUAAAGUUAGGUCAAAGGAAAAUCCCUGCAGGUGGCCGAUAGCUGGUCCACCAGUCCACCACACAACAGAACUUCAUCCUAAUGUACCAGAGUUUGUGCCAGGAAAACCGUAUACUGUACCUGAAGGAGACACGGGCUCAGAACCAGGAUAUGAUAAUAACUAUAGCAAAUCUCUGGAGAAAUCUGAUACCGACAGGCUGAAAACAUUGGAGCUGCGUAGUGUAACUAUGCCAAAUGUGCCUGGUUUGUCCCAGAGCUUGCCAGAGCGAGAGCCAUUCAAUUGGACCCAGGUCAAGCGUAGACCAAAGAAAGAGAGGAGCAAGAUAAGAGACAAGGAAAAGUCGCCCCAGCUAAGAGGGGAGCCGUUCACUUCCCAGGAAGAGCUCAAUUUUAAGUUUGAUGAGGAGCUUCAGGCAAUUGGCCAGCGAACGAAAUUUAACGAUGAGUGGUCGGAGGAUUCUGACGAGGAGUUUCCGGACCGUGAGAUCAACAAGAUCAUCAUCGUCACGCAGACGCCGCCGGUCAACAAGAAGCACCCGGGCGGCGACCGCACCGGUGACUUCACGCCGCGCGCAAAGCUCAGCUCCGAGCUGGCGAUGGUCAUCAACGACGGCCUCUACUACUACGAGGAGGACCUGCACAAGACGCGAGAGAUGAGAAUGAUGCACAACCAAUAUAAGAAAGUUGGGGUUAUUACGCAAGAAGCGUUUGGACAGCUAAACCCUGAGCAAGGCAUGUCUAUGAUGGAACAAGAGGUGCCGCCUUUCUUCCCCUUACCUCAGCCAUCAAUUAACAUACCUGCUUCUCUAUCAGGUCCGGCAGGGACAAGUGUCUGCCAUUCCUUGCCAACAGAAAUCCCUAGGAUACCCCACCACCAACAUAACUUACGGGGAGUGGGGUUAAGGGCCAGAGGAAGGAACAAGGCUGUGCCAAGGGCAGAACCUCGCUUCUACCCUGUUGUAAAGGAUGGCAGGCCACCAGAUGAGAAGACUCCAAGAAAGCGCAAGACGAAACACGGCCACAAUCCACCAGUGGAGCACCAUGUAGGCUGGAUCAUGGACGUGAAGGAGCAUAGGCCGAUACGCUCACGAACUACUUCACAGAGUAGUACCGGUACAGCCGAUGGAUCUAUCAUGUUGGGUAGCAGCUUUGGUGCAGGAACCAGCAGUGCAGGAAGCACUCCCUCCUCACUGCCCACCUUCCAGCAUCCUUCUCACGCCCUCCUGAAAGAGAACGGAUUCGUUCAGCAUGUCUAUCACAAAUACCAUCACAAGUGUCUAAAAGACCGCAUCAAGAUGGGCGUGGGACAGUCACAGGAGAUGAAUACUCUCUUCAGGUUCUGGUCAUUUUUUAUACGUGACAACUUCAAUCGAAAAAUGUAUCUUGAGUUCAAGAAGGCUGCGAAUGAAGAUGCAGCUGCAGGUUACAGGUAUGGACUGGAGUGCUUAUUUCGAUACUACAGCUAUGGUCUUGAGCGCAAGUUCAGGGCAGAUUUAUUUAAAGAUUUUGAAGACGAGACCCUGCAUGAUUCUGACAACGGUCACUUGUAUGGCCUGGAAAAGUUCUGGGCAUUCCUCAAGUAUUACAAGGGUAGCAAACGACUGAAGAUCAACAGCAGGUUACAAGAACGGUUAUCCCACUUUAAAAGGCUAGAAGACUUCAGAAUGGAUCCGUACAUACUGGAAAAGUUGGAAGCAGAUGAUCAGAAGAAGAGGCACUCCAGCCAAGAGGAUGACACCCCGGCCAGGUCUGAUGCAGGUGCUGGCAGUUUCAGCUCUAGGCCUCCGCGGAAGGACAGUCGUGGGAAAAUUGCUGCCAGGCGGCGCUCCGACACUUCUCCUCCGAAGAACCUGCCGACAUCGCCCUCCAUGCCAGAUCCACAGCCCGCACCAACGCUGCCUGCCGACAGGCCAAAGUCAGAGUGUCCGGUGCAGCUUCCGUCCAUGUUUGAACAGCCUCCGAAUGAUAAGGUGGACGUGAAGCCAAAAGAAGCCAUUUCGAGCAUUGCCGAAGAGGCGAGCGAUGAAGCCAGCGGUGAGGGUCGACAGAAAGGCGGGGAAACUGCCAGAGGCCAUUCGGCGGAGCUACCGGCAGCUGUAGUCACCAAUCCGGAAAGCUCAUAGGAGUAGCAGAUGCAGGGAGAUCGGGAAGCGUGGUAGGUGUUUGUUAGAAUUGUCAUGAGAAUAGCGUAUCAGUGCCUCAAUGUUUUGUCUUUGAGGUUGGUGGAGUUUCAUGCUGCCGAGUUUAUACCAUGUGCAUGUAUCAGGGUAAUUCAUAAUGUUUGUAUCAAGUGAUGCUGAUAUUAAUAAGCUAGCAGAUAGCAGAUGUAGAGGUAUCACUUAUAGUUAUACUAUAAAAAGCUGUGAAACACUACCCUUCUCUCCCUGACAUGUUACACUGGUAAAUGAUAUGCAUAAAGAUUGAGAUCUGUUUGUUUGCUUUAGCAUUUCUUAGUGGUCUUUACAGAAUAUAUACAAUAUAUAUGAUCAUAGCGACAUAGUCGGCCACAUUUAUCCCUGUUUUGUAUGUAAUCUUAAAGAUCUUACUGUUAUUGCUUUGUGAUUUUAUUUCAGUAUACUUUUAAUCGAUUUCAAUUGAAUUAGUUUUUUAACAUGGCAAAGCAGUGAAGUUUAACCUGUUCAUUAUUAAGUGGCUAGGAUGCAAACCUUUAAAAAUGCUAAUUUUGCAAACUUGUUGGCAACAACUUUCGAUUCUGUGGGUAGGAAAAAUGAUUCGGCUUGCAAAACAGAGAUAGUCACGCAAUUGUAUCAUUUAGUCAUUUAUCCGGCCAUGCACAUAUGUGCCAACUGCACAACAAACUAGCCUUAUUUUUAUGCUUCUUUUAUCUUCUGACAGCUGGAUUGUAAAUUAUGGAUCAUUGAUGAGUUUUGGAUAUAGAAGCCUAUCCCCCAGAUCGGCACUGGUAAUUUUUGAGCAGUACUGGCUUAAAUUUUAUGAAUUUUAUUAUUGAUUAUAUAGUUUGAAAUCGGGGUUAGCUGGGUUUUCCGACUUAUUUCCUUGACCGCUUAUGAAGGUGUAUGAUUAGCCUCUACGUAGGUCAGUCUUCAUCGUUAGUGCUGAUUAGUAUAAAAAUCAGCAUGUUUGUAUGCCGACAAGCUGAAAGAUUUUAGCCAUGUCAAGCUGACUUACAAUAAAAUUAACUUCCCGAUGUUGUACUGAAUAGUCAUAGAUUUACAUGAAUGUGAUUAAAACCAUAUGUAAAAGAAUGGCAAUUGCUGCCAACCUAGUACACAUUCUUUCAGAUAACUUGCUUUAAAAUGUCAUGUUUAAAUAUAAUAAGUAUAAUUAAAAAGUUUCUAUGCUAACUAGUGUGUAGCAUUGUGCAAAAUUGUUUAAAAAAAGCAUGAAGGGGUGUGUAUGUGCAAUUUACCCAAAUCUUUGUAUUUUAUGCACCAUGCCACGUUCCCCAAUUUAGGCAAAUUCGGUGAGUCAUUCUAUAGUAUAUACAUGACCUUUACAGCCUGAAAAUGGCUCUAAAUCCCACCAUUGAUAUUAGUUAGUGUGAUUUUUAAGAUAUGUGUAAUAUUUUUGGUUCCCAUGAAAGCUUGGUGAUGCCAUAUAAGUUUAGCAACUGGUUUGUAGUAACAAGUCUCUAAACCAUGAAUGUUACUGACAGGAUUGGUAAGUCAUAGCCUCUGCAAAUCUUCGAGAACUCAUUAACAGUAGUCAUACUAAUUAAUUAUCAGGGUGGAAAAAGUGUUUACCUACGCUGAACUGUGCAUGCAUAGUAUUGUGACAUAUGCAACCUGAAUUUUUGUAGUGUUGGAGAUGCUUAUACUGCCUUUCAUGCAUAAAACGUGGAUUAAUGUGCUAAUAUGUAAAUGUAGUAAUGGUCCUACUACUAAUAGCUUAAGUUUUUUUGCGUAGUGAUACUUGCACAUGGUUAACAAAGGCAUUUACACAUAAACAUCAUUUACCUCAGUAUAAUAGUGUGUUGAUUUGUUUAGUUUAAGUGACCUCAGUAUAUAAGAAAUGCAUUUAAUUCAUUCUUUGUGGGUGCCCAAUUACUGGCAUAAUGAGAUGUGCCUGUUGUAGAUCGUAGUGGUGCUCCAAAGUGAGAAAAAUUCAGGAUAGAGGUCAUGAUACAUGUCCUUGAGUGUUGCCUAUGAAGUCGCACUUUUAGUUCACACUAGUAAUCCUGAAUCGAUGUGAAGCCGACUGGGGUCGUUUGCAAAGCGGUUGCGCGGGCAUACGUGUCGCUAUGCUUGUCAGUGGUUAGCAAUCGCGUACGUGUUGUAAACAUCAGUCGACUCGAAUUGGUUUCUGUUCGCAAGAAUAUGAAUGAAAUAUUAGAUGCAUUCUUGUUAAAACUAACGAAUCAUGAAUAGGUAACUAAACAAAGCUAGACUCAGAUAUGAGAGGGUUAACUGUUGUUUUCACUGAUUAUUUGAGUUAGAAUACAAAUAUCCUUCCAUUAAUGCACCUUUGGCAGGGAAACAGCUAGAAUGAGGCGUAAUUUCUAUAUAUCAUUCGUUGCCAUAAGAGUCCAUGUUUCUGUAUCUGUUGAGAAUUUAAAGUAGCAAACUGGAAAUGAUUUGCCAAUACUGUGAAUCAAAAAUGAUGUAUUUGUAGCAAGGUGAACCCAUAGCCAUUGUUUAAAAAAAAAGGUCAGUGUAAUGGAUUUAACACUCGACAUUUCUAUUCCAAAGCAUAUGAAAAUUAAACGCCUUGCAAGUAAUGUGGGAUGAAUAAAUGUAAAAUGGACUGGAUAAAACAAAUAUUUUUAAUAUUCACUCCUGAUAUUAACUUGGAAUUAUGAGACUACGUUACCAUUACUCAGCUGGAAAUGUUUUGUCACACUCUGUCUUCGGAGAAAGUCGCUCACGCCAGCAAUUUCAAACAUUUUUGAAGCAUUAGUUGACCUGACCAACGUCAUUGCUACAUAUAAUGAAGUUGUCCAUGCAUUUGGAUCAACAAUUGGGUUUGUCUAUACGAGGAAGUUUGCGUACACUGUUGUACUGUCUGUCUGAAUAGAAAACUCAUAAAGGGAAUGCAAAGACUAUAUGCAUUUCCGUGAUCAGUCAGUAAUUUUUCCAGUUAUCUCUGAAAUAUAUCUCGUAUAUGGACGUGUUAUCGCGUGUUAAUUGUCACCACAUGAUACAAAUAGUGUAAUGAUGCCGUAUGUGUGAGCUGUUGAUUAGCUCUUGCCUAUUCCGUUGUUAAUGCGGCUGCACAUGGAACCCUAUUUUCGUUUAUAGAAAGAGUUUAUGCAUAGAAGACGUAGAUUUAGUAGCAGGUUUAAUAUUUUCACUUGAUAAUGCGCCAUUGCAGGUUCACACAUAACGGUGUCAUAUAAUCAGAAGGGGAUAAUAGAAUUCAAGAUCUCUAGAGUAGAAUUCUAUUAUCUACGUCUGUUAUAACCAAAUGCUCUGUGGUCGCCAAGGUGUUCCUAACUCUUUAAAAACGCACCGUACAAUUCCCUUAGGUAAAAUAAGUCAAUGUUAUUAUUAUACUAACAAUUAAUAUUUAUUCAUUUCUUUACACUGUUAGUCAGUUUGCGGCUUGAAUUAGUUUAGGUGUGGGAGAUCUCUGAUGUUUCUGUCCUUAUACGUGUGCUGGCAGCGUAACCUACUACGAUUAAUUUUUUACGGUCUUACUCUUACGUAUAGUAUUACUUUAUUAACUGGUUGGUGUGAAGCUCUAUUUUUAUCUAUCGCAGCAAAAUACUGCUAGAAUAUUAUGCAUGUUGAUGGGGUGUGGGGUAGGGCCUACUUGUAUAAUGAAACUUGAAUUUUUCUUCUCUCACAACAGUGCAAACGAAAUUAAAACAAGAAAUUUGUAGUAGAAAUGGUAAUUAUAUUGAUAUGUAACUCCACCGUUCUGUUCUUGAUACUUAUUUUUCUGAUCAUAGGCUUCGUAUAGAUACCUGAAGUUGGGAAUACUUGUGUCAGUGUUGCCAAGUUGAUUAUUUUUCACUUCUUAUUUACAUGUGGAUAUUUCAGUAUUUGUGCGUGCCUGCGCACGUGUGCUAUAAUUAUUUUACAUUUGCAGCAACGUAGGGAAAGUGCCAUUUCAUAUCUUAAUGUUUGAAAGUGCACUUGGCAAUGUAAUAUGUGUUUUGGAUAAACUAAACUGCAUAAUUUUAUAUUAUCAUAGGUAGUUUUAAUGUUGGUAGUGGUUAAUAUUAUGAUAAAUAUCAUGUAGUUAGUAUACAUGUAGAAACUACAUUAUAAAAUAAGAAUAAAAAAUGAACAAAACCGAC